AUUGAUUCUCAAUCCGUCCUAAAUUUAAUGUACAGGGCGCCCUCCUGCGAAAGCUGGAUACUUGGUAUUGGCGGAGAGAAUUACCGUACCGAAGAGACGUGUCUUUGCCGACCGAGAGCUUUUUCAGACCCUUUUCCUCCAUGGUUGGCCAACUCCAAAUACUUCUAUCGUGACUAAAUCUGAAAGCUGGUAAAAACGAGGUUAUUGCAGCUGAUGUUUACUUCGUCACACACAGUUUUAACAAGGUUCGGUGAAUCUUCUUACAUUUGUAACUGAAGUUUUCAUCUCAUCAGAUUCUGAUUACUCCAUCCAUUGGUUCAUCUGUUAUGGACAAUUCUCAAGAUGUCUGAGUCUUGUGGAAAAGAUUUCGAUUCCAGUAGACUGGAUAAUAGGCAUGAUAAACCUAUAAAGGAAGACAGUUUAGAGACAGACGCAAUGCCUCUAAAUGAGUCCAUACCAAAGUCUCAAGAAAUGUGCCGUCAAGUGCAACCAUUUUUAGGUCAAACAAACCAGCCUGAUCAUGAAAAUGACAACUCUUCUGAAAUCAAUCUUUGCAAUAAAAUUAAGAAAAUGCAGAUAACUUCACAUUGCGCCGAUCCAGAUGAUACACAGAAGAAGUUCCCAACUCUAGCACAGUCCAAGGGGCAGAGUUACGAAUCCGUUACACCUGACUUGCUUCAACAUGAAAUCAGGAGAGGGGAACACCGAGGUCAUGAUGUCAGCGAUAGGUGUGAAACUGUAGGAGGAGCUGAUUGUGUCAGUGCGAAUGCAGGUGAAACUAACAGGAUUUCAUAUCAAUCAGAGAUGGAGGCUAUAGCUCAAGCUAUUCCCUUGGAUGAUGAUGCGACUCAAACAGCUACACCCCAAGAAUCACUGCCUCCCACCACACCUAAAGCCACCAAUGCUACAUCUCGGACGCCUCAACAAGACCAAGUGCCUGUCACUCAAACACACUUCCAAGAAUCAGCAUCUGAACCACCGGUAAAACCAAUCGCCCUGAAACCUCCAGAAGAAGAUGAUGAACAUUAUGACGUUUUGCUGCUGUACAGUGAGCACGACCAGAGUGAAGCCGAACAGUUCAUUGAUAUUGCCAAGAAAGCAAACUGGAAAGUUGCCACACCUGAUGACUUUCGUCCAAGUCAGACAAAAUUCAAAUCUUUUGAAGAUGUGUACAACAAUAGCUCUUAUACUGUUCUUCUUCUUACUACCAACUUUUUGACCGAUUUUUGGUGUGAACAUCAGUAUCAAGCAGCACUCAUACAGUCUAUAGAAAACCCUAGUAAGAAAGCCACAGUGAUACCUAUUAUUUGUCAGUAUCGGGACCUCAAGUUACCAAUGGAGUUAAGUGUUUUCACGUCUGCAAAACUAAACAAUCCCAACAUUGAGAAAAUCCUUAAAAAGUGCAUUAAAGUAGAGAAGAGAUGGCAUAGAGAAAAGGAAGCUGGAUUGACUACGACAGAUGCCGCACCAAACCACAUGCCCACCUUACAGUUGCAUCCAAAAGAUGAGAGUAUGGAUGCCAUCUACCGUAGAAUGAGGCCUGAACUCCAACCUGGAACCUCUGCAGCUCAGAUCAUGACAACUCAAUGCUUCAGCGAGCUCUGUGUCCGCCUCGACGCUCCUGAUGCCUUGGAGAAUGACUGGCGGAGAUUGGCAACUAAUGUUGGAUUCAGCUCAAAUUCGGGAUUGAAUCAAGAGAAGAGCCCCACUGCCAAAAUCCUUGAGUGUUUCUUCCAGAAGGAGAUUGCGGGACAGAGAAGCAAGGAUAAAAUUCGAAAAAGGUUGAGGCAAGUUUUGAAUGAAAUACAUAGGCCGGAUGCAGCCGAGUUGUUAUAGAAGGAUGGGACAUACUUUGCAAGCACGGAAUUCCUGUGCUAGUUAUGUAAGCAAAGAAUGCCUGUUAACAUUGAGUACGCACACGUGCAAGCCAAAAUUACCUGCUUACCCAUGAAAUACGCUUGACUAAUGACGUAUGUGUGUAAGUGAGAAUUCCCUGCUUCCGUAAGCGCUGAUUCUUUGCUUACGUUAAGCAGAGCCAUGAAAGCAAAUUUGUACUCAAUUGCUCAUCGAAGUUGCAAUCUGAGAACAAUGAAAGAAGAAACACCCAUGAUAUCAGACUUUUAAAGUACGUUAUGAUCUUGCUUUGAAAGAUGCAAAACAAAUAACAAAGAAUAAUUAAUUACUUUAUUUGUAAAGUAUAGAUUCAAAGCAUUUCUGUUUAAAUAAAUGGUGUAAUGUUGUAUAAUUAUUUCAUAGUGUAAAUUUUACUAUAACUCCAUGAAUUUUACAGAAAUUCUGAUAUAGGUUGUUUUAGCUUCAUAUAAUGUAAGCUGUGUGAACAUAUAUUAUACAAUACAAUGUAUAUAUUUUUGGUUUAAAUGUAACUCUAAAUUUAAGGAGUUUAAAGAUGAAUGGUUUUUGGUUUGAGUUCAAACUGCUCAAAGCUUUUGCAAUGGAAGUGCCCUUUGCAAAAUGAAAAUGGCCUUGCCUUCUCAAAGAUGAAGUUCCAGGUCUGACUGCAGGUUCAAUGGAUUCUGACUGACACACCUGAAAAAAUAGGGAGACCAGCAACAUUGUUCUAUAAAUAUUUUUGUCUGAGAAGCAAUUAUUUGAAAAAUUGCUGCUUCAUACAUACUCAAUAAGACAUGUUUGUUUCUAAAUUAUUAGUUAUGUAGAAUAUGGUGUAACUGAUAGUCAAGUGUCGUGGCUGAGCAGUCUUCAUGUAAUGCACUCAAGUCCUGGGCCCAAUUACUUAAAGCCUGUAAGCACAACAACUUGCUAAGCACAAACUAGUAGUAGAAACAGGUUACCGUCAGUUCACAUUGUUGUGGCUGGUGCCCUUGUUUAUGUUUGCUCAGCAAAGACAUUUGUCAAGCAGUACUCUGCCAAACAGUUUUAUGAACUUUGGCCUUUGGUCCAAACUCAUGGCUCUGCUUACUUAUAAGCAGAGAAUCUGUUCUGACAGAUGCAGGGAAGUCCACACUUACAUCAAUCGUCACAAGUUAGCAGGGAUUUUUGGCUUGUGUGUAUGUGUACUCCACAUCAGUAGGCAUUCUAAACUUACACAGCUAGCGAAGAGUUGGUGCUUGCCAUGUAAGCUAAGAAUGGUGAUCCAAACGCAGAGUUUUGCCAGAAAUUACUGCUUUAAAAAAAUUGUCUUUGUUAAGAAAAAAUUAAUGGGGCACUAGCCACAACAAGUAAACUUUAUGGAAUGUUGGCUGGUAACCUGUUUUUGCCAAGCCAGAUAUUCCUGUGCUUAGUAGGUUUUUGCUUAAAGGCUUUAUGAAAUUUGGGUCCUAUUGCAAGCUGUUGCUAUUAGAGUGUGGGUUGGAUACCUGGUCAUGACACUUGUGUCCUUGAGCAAGACAAUAAAUCACAAUUGCUUCGUUCUUCAGACAUGAUGGUCCUACUUGUUGUGUCAUGCACGUAAAAGAAUUCAUUGUACUUAUCCUUAAACAUUUUUGGCAUGGUUGGCUGCAGAUUUCACCACAUCACUUUUUGGGUACCAGUUCCCAGGUUGUAUGGUAAACUUGGAGCAAGUUCGAGUGUGCACAAUGGUUUAACUAAAGGUUGACCAUUUGCACUAGAACCCAGGCUGGUCGACCA